ACAGAUGCUGCUAAGAGACCAGCCAGCAGGGAGAGAAGUGAGGAGAGAAAGGUGGUUCAGCCUCCAUCCGGGUAGAAAAGAUUCAGGACAGACAGAAGUGAGAAGCUGGGGAUAUGUUCACCAUCAAGUUUGGGAAGAGAAAACUAGGCUAAAAAGAAGUAUUCUGUGCAGGCAUCAUACUACAAAUGGAAUAAAAGGGAAAGAGGGAUUAGUUUAUGAUCCAAUCAGAGGUGAGGAUUAGAAGUUUCAGGAGUCAACCCAGAAAUCUCAGGGGUUCUGUGAUGAUGAAGAUUGAAGAAAAGCAUGCAGGCAAUGGGAGCCUUGUAGGAAAGAGUCAGCUGCCCCUGGAGGAGAAGCAUCAGGCAAACGACAAACCAGAAGCAAACGGGAAAGCAAAGGUCUCCCCAAAGCAGGAGGCAGAUGGGAAAGGUGACACACCUAGAAAGAGCCUCAACUUGUACAGUUGGCAGGAGAUCCAGGGACACAAUCAGGAGACCGACCAGUGGCUGGUGAUCAAUCGCAAGGUCUACGAUGUUACUAGCUGGGCAGACCGACAUCCAGGUGGCCGGCGGGUUCUCAACCACUAUGCCGGGGAAGAUGCCACGGAUAUCUUCAGAGCCAUGCACCUGGAGCUUGACAUUGCACGAUUGUACCUUAAGCCACUGCUCAUUGGAGAGCUUGCCCCAGGAGAGCCCAGCCAGGAGAGAAACAAAAACGCCCAGUUGGUGGAAGAUUUCCAAGAACUGCGGAGGACAUUAGAGGCUAUGAACAUGUUCAGUGCCAACCUAGGGUUCUUUUCCCUUCACCUCAUCCAGAUCUUGAUUUUGGAAGCGCUGGCUUGGCUAAUGCUGUGGCAUUUUGGCAAUGGCUGGCCAAUUACAAUAUGUAUUUCCUUUCUUCUCACAAUUUCUCAGGUAAGCAGGUAUCCUAAGCCCAGACAAUAGCUUUGGGGAAGGUUCAGAAUUUCUUCUUCUCUCUUUAGAUUGGUGUCAGCUGCUGCUGGAUACUUCUUGGCAAGCUACUCAUUGGAGUCGGACCCAGCAGAUUAUCAAACCUUGCUGGGCCCAAGUUCUCUUGCCUGUAAAAUGGGGGGAUAACAAUUUUUUUAUAAAAAUCUUCUGAGGAGGACUAAUCAAGUUAAUGUGAACAACACCUAGCACAAUCACUGGCAUAAUGCAA